AACCACGCGGCGUUUUCCUCUUUUACAUCGGUUACUGUGACUAUCAUUCGUGGUUUUCGCGUUCGCGUGAUCUAUGACCGACGUGAAUACUAACCGUCUACGUGCGUCAUAGGUUGGUUGUGUUGCAGAAACCGUCCCAGUAAUCUAUGAUCGAUUAGCGCGCGUCUUGCGUCGGAGAAGAACAUGGUGCUGUUCAAACGGAAGCCCGUCCAGUACCUCCCACGACCCGCGAUUGAAGAUGACAGCUCCGAGGUUUGGGUCAUCCCCGAGACCAACGAGGUCUUCACCAAUUAUGAGCCCUACCUCCAACGCAUGGAUUUCUACAAGCAGAGGAGGUUCAUCUGCGAGAUCACCGGUCAUUCGGGGCUCAACUUCUUCGAGGCGCUGAGAAGUGAAAUGGAGGAGUCCCGCGAAGUCAACAACAUCUUUCCCGAUGCGCUAAAGGAGCCGAUCUUGCGCCGAAUCCAGUUUUCCACUGUAUCGCGGGUCGAUAAUCUUGUGGAUGAGAUCUAUGAGGAGUUUAAACGCGAUUUCUACCCCGGUGAACCCGUCCUGAUCCUCCUCGACGAUAAUACCCGCCUCCACGGCAUCAUCCGCGACAAGGCCAAUUUUGCCGAACAACUCCACCCGGACGGAUCGGUCAAAACCCCCGCCUAUGCCAUGUACCUGGUCAAGGUGUUGGAUCGGCCGAACGAGGAGGCCCUCCUCGACCACGAACACAUCACCCGAGAUCGCAAAACCUUCACGAAACAGAUGCUGCGCGCCUUUAUCAAGAACAACGUGAACCGGGAGUCCUGGAACGGCGCCCCGUGGCUCGUGAAGUCCUCGAUCGCCGAGGAAUACCGGAUCCCGACGGAGGUGCCGAAACACCUCCAGUACGGCGCCAAGGUGGCGGAGAAGAAGGCGAUGAAAAAGGCGGACCAGGAUGGUUUUUUCGGGUUUUUCGCAUCGCAGCAGUUGCCCGAAUUGAAGCCGGCCGCCGUCAAGGGCUCCAAAUCCAAGCCCUCGAAUCAGGACCUGAGCCGGUCCAAAGAGGCGCAGUUUCUGGAAUACCAGCGUUCGCUCAACGGCAACCCGGGCUUUGUCGUCAACAACAAGACCAACGGCGCCGCGCGUCCGCCCAAGGGCCCAGAGGGCGACAAGAAAUCCCUCGCCGUCCCCGCGGUCGUCGUCAAGCAGGAGGAACCGAAGCCGUCCCCGCCGCCUAUCAAAUACCCCAUCGAGGACUUGGACAUCGCCCCGGAGCGCGAAAAGAAACGGCAGCGCCCGCUCCUGAAUCUCCUCACCAUGGACGAGACCGAGGACUCCGACGACGAAGACAUUCUGCAUGACGAACUCGAGAUGAAGUCGGUCGGCUGGCUGUUGGAGACGUGGAAUACCCUCAACGUGUACUGCGAGGUCUUCCAACUGGAUUCCUUCACCUUUGACGAUUUCCUCCAGGCCAUGCGAUUUUCUUCCGCGGACGCCGACUGCGAGCUGUUCGUUGAGGUCCACUGUGCCGUGCUCAAGAAACUGGUCAAUGCGGCGGAUGAUGACAACGGCGCCGUGCAAGUUUCCCUGCCGGAUCUUCCGGAGGAGGAAUCGGAUGAUGCCGAGGAGGAGGACGAGGCGGAGCCAACCCCCGAGCCCGAACCGGCUGUGACCAGGAUGACCACCCGGAGCAGUCUGGCCAAAGCGGAGUUGGAGAAUAUAAAGUCUCGCGGAGACCGCAGCCGCUCGAGUACGGAGGAGAUUCAGGUCCACCGCGCGGCGGAGAUGUUUGGGGAUUACGGUUGGAUCGACCGGCUCCGGAAACGCGAGUUCCGGAAUGGCGGGUGGGAGUUGAUCAUGGUGGGCUUGCUCCAUCGGUUGUCCCAGCGUCCACGCAUGGAGAAAGCGUGCAAUGAGAUCUUACAACACCUCGCGCCUCUCGAUGCCGAGCCCACUCAGGAAACCGCCCAGGUCCAGUACUCCACGCUCAAUGUCAACUUGCGCAUCCAGGCGUUGCAGAUCAUCUGCAUGCUGUGUUUGGAGACCAAAGCGAUCCGAAACUACCUCGAGGAGUGCGGGAAUCAAAUGACGGAAUUCCGUAAAGAGAAGAUUGAGCAUCAAAAGGCUCGCAAGGCUGGCCUUGAAGAACUUCGCCGACUGCAUCAGGAGCGGAAAGCCCUCCAGCCGGAACCUGAAAAAUCACCCACACCGGCUCCCGAGCUGGAUGCCCUGGAAGAUUCGAAGAUGACGGGGAUCGACACGGAGCAAGAUUCCGACGACGAAGACGCACCCAAGCGGUCACUCCGCGGGGGAGUGGAUCGCAUACUCGAACGGAAACGCAAGCAAGACGAGGAGCGGGAGCGAAAGGAACAGCUGGCCAAACAACCCAAGGGCACCAAGCAGUACCAGCGCGUGCUCAAAAAGAUCGACGACCAGAAGGCCUCGAUCGAGAAGCUCGAGGAAAAGAUCGAAGUCCUCGACAACGACCUGAGAGAAGCCGACUGCCCGCGUACGAGGUGUCUCGGGAAAGACCGCUUCUGCAACCGGUACUGGUGGUUCGAACGCAACGCGAUGCCGUACGCAGGGAUGCCAAACAGCUCGACCGCAGAAGCCCGCUACGCCAACGGUCGGCUGUGGGUGCAGGGGCCGGACGAAAUGGAGCGGACGGGAUUCAUCGACGUGUCAGACGAACAAAAGAAGGAGUACCAGAAGGAUUUCCACGUCACGCCGGCCGAACGCAAAAUGGCCGAAGAAGGCCCGACGCAGCUAACGAACGCGGACGAAUGGGGCUACUACGAGAGCCCGGACGCCAUCGAGCGACUGAUCGACUGGCUCGACUCGCGCGGGCUGCGAGAGUGCAAACUGCAGAAGGAACUGCAACUCCACCGCAACAACAUCUCCAAGUACAUGAACGUGCGGCGAGAGUACCUGGCCGAGACAGCCGAGCGAGCCGAGUCAGAAGACGUGCCCACGAAGCGCGUCUCAACGCGCAAUAAGACCUACGUCGACGACGGCAAGCACCGCUGUCUCCGGUGGCACAACACGACGGCACUAUCGGAAAACGGGCACCUCCACGUCGACGCGGCCCGCCCAGCCAAACGAAAGCGCGCGACCGACGAGCCCAAAGAUCUGAAAGCGAUGAGUAGACAGGGCAAGACGUUAACUCGCCAGGGGGGUCGUUAUAAUUUCUAACACCUCCCUCCACUUUUGGAAUUUCCACUCUUUACACUUGGAAUAAAGGAAGGCGUUUGGUUUGGUUGGUUUUUUUCUUUUUCAAUUUUUACAA